AGCGACGAGAAAGGCGUGACGCGCACAAAGGCGUCACUUCCUGUUGCACAUGUACACACGGAUGAAGUUGUGAAGCGCUAGCUAACUGUGAUCCGAUAUGUCUGAAAACACCUUGACAGUGACAGUUGCUUAUGGCACGACCAAACACAGCAUCGCUUUACCUGCACGAGAUGGACACGAGCCAUUAUUAAAGGAUUUAAGUGAGGCGCUGACAGAAGCCACAGGAGUACCAACACCAUCCCAAAAAAUUAUUUUCAAAGGAAAAUCACUAAAGGAGAUGGAGGAAUCUCUGUCCAGCUUUGGAAUAAAGCAGGGUUGUAAACUUAUGAUGAUCGGAAAGAGGAACAGCCCUGAAGAGGAAGCAGAGCUCAAAAAGCUCAAAGACAUUGAAAAGUCAGUGGAACAAACAGCUAAAAAGCUUGAGAAAGUGGAUGGAGAACUGACUGGACUUAAGAAUGGUUUUCUUGCAAAGGAGUUGCAAGCCGAGGCUCUUAAUAAACUGGACCACAGGGUAAAAAUUGCCUCUGAGCAGUUGAUGAAGAUCCUAGAAGAAUUAGAUACAUUGAGCUUACCUGAAGGCUUUAGCGAUUGCAGAAUUAAGAAGAAAGGACUUGUGAAAAUGAUUCAGGGUUUCUUAGCGCAGUGUGAUAAAAUCGAAGCUGGAAUAUCAGAUCACUUGGCCAAGAUUCAGACAAAAAAUUUUGCCUUAGCAGAGUGAACAUGAAUUAAGACUGACAUCAGCGGUUACUGGAGCUGCUCUAUGAGCAACUGGAGAGAAAACUCACCCAGAGCUUGGACGCUGGCACUGAAGAUACACCUAUACACACACAUACCUGUUAUACGAGGAAAAACAGGGCAAUUUUAAAACAAAAAAGUUUAAUGUUUUUUUUCCAAAUUUAGAUGCUUAUAGAUGUGCUAGCUUACUAAAUCGAUCUACUGUUUUUACCAUCUUGUCUGGCUGAACCAUCUCCCUCAUACAACUUUGGGAUGUAAAUUAAGUUUUUCUUAUGUUUGAUCUAUAAUACGUUUUUCAAUUGGAAAAGAAUAAUGGUGCUGUAAAAUGUCCUUAUUUAGGAUACAACAGGAUAUUAUGUAUACAGGAUGUAUAAUAAUAAAUGAUCUAAUUUA